GUCCCAUCAGUGGUCCAGAGGAGGCGAGGUACGUUCUGCAGAACACGCGGAGGGCGCACAGCUUCUAUGGCGCGUCCAGCAUGGAGGCCCGUCCCUCAUCCAUUUCCACCUUGCUUCUCUUGCCCCUGCCAAUCCCUGUAUGUACCCCGCCAGGUCCCAUCAGUGGGCCACAGGAAGCGCGGUACAUUCUGCAGAACACGCGGGGCGUGCACGGCUUCUACGGCGCGUCCAGCAUGGAACGGCUGCCCGUGGGAAACUGCAAUCACGGAGAACCUCAAGGCAUACAAGGCCAUUCGCCUGUCUUCCUAAGCCGUGUGUAA